CCCGCCGCCCGCCGCCGUCUAUUCGCAUUUUCCGACACUGUAAUCAUGGCGGACGUUGUACAAUACAAGCUGGAGCGAAUGGUCAACGAGCUCGACGACCUUGAACGUCGUGGUUUGUUCUCCCGCCGUGAAAUUGCCGAGAUCGUAAAACAACGCCGGAAGUUCGAGUACAGGCUUAAACGUCCAAGUCCUCUGAAGCAGGAUUACUUAGCGUACAUCGACUACGAGAAGUCUGUCGAUGCGCUCCGAGUACUCCGUAAGAAAGCGGUGAUGCGUGAACUGAAGAAGAAGAGCGAAGACGUGAAAGGAGUUGUGAAGAAACCGAAAAUGAAGCAUUCUGUAUCUGAUUUUUCUGGAAUUUCGAGGAUUGUUGAGAUUUAUCGGUCGGCCACGAAUAGGUUUAAGGGAGAUAUUCAGCUAUGGUUUCAGUAUCUUGAGUUUUGUAGGCAAAGGAGGAAUGGACAUAUGAAGAAGGUUCUGGCUCAGGUGAUUAGAUUUCAUCCGAAAGUACCCGGAGUUUGGAUAUAUGCUGCGUCAUGGGAAUUUGACCAGAACUUAAAUGUUGCAGCAGCUCGUGCACUUAUGCAAAGUGGUUUGAGAUCUUGCCCAUCUUCCGAAGCUCUAUGGGUGGAAUAUCUCCGAAUGGAACUCACAUACCUAAAUAAGUUAAGUGCUCGCAGGGUUGCUCUUGGAGAAGAUGUGGGAACAUUGGUUCCAGAUCAUCAUGAUCCUGAAGAUAAACAAUGGCGGGAGGAAAACAAAGAAUUAUUUAUGCCGAUUGAUGGAGAAACCGGAGAUUAUAAAGAUUUAGAUGAACAAAAUAAGGAAUUGACACAGAAAAUUGAUUUCUUUCGGGAACAAGGUUUGAACAUUCUUCAAACUGUUUAUAAAUGUGCGGUGGAAGCACUUCCGUCCAGUUUCAGUCUGAGAACACAGUUUUUGGAGAUUCUAGAGGCAACAAAUUUGGCAAAUUCAGAAAAUAUGCAAAAGGAGAUACUUUCUGACAUGAAAAAUGAAUUUUCUAAAGAAACGGGAUUCUGGGAUUGGCUUGCGAAAUAUGAAGCAGCAGGUCGUAAGAGUACACAAGAUGUAAAGAAAGAAAUUAUGCCUGAUCAAUUAUUCAAUGCAAUUCAGGUUUAUGAUGAGGCUUUGAAGAUUGUACCAUCGUCUUCAAUGUUUGAUCUAUAUAUCAAAUUCUUGAGGGACACAAUUGAUCGAAAUAGACACACUCAAAAUUCUAAGCUUUCUGAUUCAUCUGACAAUUACAUAGAUCCUGUUUCACAUGUUUUAAUGGUCUAUGAAAAGGCUCAAAAGAUGGGGUGCAUUACUGAAGAUCUUGGCUGCCAACACGUAUCCUUUUUGUUAGAACUUGGGAGAUUAGACGAUGCUAGAAAUUUGGCAGAAAAGCUCUGCAGUGGAGAACUCUCGGAGGCAGUACGAUUAUGGUUUUUACGCCUUUCGAUAGAGAUUAAACGUAUUGGAACUCCAAGCAAAGCCGAUUUGUCGUUUGUGUUUGAUCUCUUGCAAACUCCUCUCAGGAAAGUUGUUGUUUCACAAGCUGAGAGCCUAUGGCUUAUGGGCUUGAAAUAUUUCUCGAAUCAUAAGCAUUAUCUUGACAAGCUGAUGGAUAUUUCUCUAAGUUCAUUGAUUAGAGAUGGUGGCAGUGAUGACGGUUUCUCCCUCUCGUCUGCAAUUGUGAACUUUGUUCUUCAAAGAAAUGGAAUUCAGAGUGCGAGAGACAUGUACAAAAGGUUUCUUGCUUUACCUCGGCCUGGACUUGCUUUUUAUAAAAACUGCAUUGAAAUGGAAUUGAACCUUGCAUCAUCUGCUGGUGCUAAGACUCAUCUUGUAGAAGCCCGUAAAUUAUAUGAAGCUGCACUUUCGACAUACGACCAAGAUGCGAGUCUGUGGCAAGAUUAUCACUCCAUGGAGUCCAAGAUGGGGACGUCAGAAACCGCCGCUGCUGUUCAUUGGCGUGCACGAAAAACGCUUAAAGGCAACACUGUAUUAGUAAGUUAAAAGAAAUUAUGGAUGAGAGGUUUGCAUUUGUGAAUCACUCACAAUUUUGACUUGUAGGGUUUUUGCAACCUUUGAGAAUUGUUACAAUUGUUUUAUUGAGAGGCUUGAUAAAUCCCAUAGAUCCUGUUUGAGAUAGAUGUCAGAUCUGCAUACAUCUUAUGACACCCCCACUUCCUACUUAUGAGUGAGAUUUACUGGGUGUCUUUAGUUUGAUAAAUGUAAUUGGAUUAAUCAAAGAAUAUUAGUCUUAUUUU